AUGAUACAAGCUGUUACCAACCGUUCAAAGCAUGAAGUCUUCAUGAAAAUGGCCUUGAAAAUGGCCGAAACAGCUCUAGCUGCUGGCGAAACGCCCGUGGGUUGUGUCCUCGUAAAUAAAGGUAGAGUGAUCGGAUCUGGGAUGAACGACACAAAUAAGUCUUUAAAUGGAACAAGGCACGCAGAAUUUCUAGCCAUCGAAGAAGCUUUACGGAGCCAUCCAAGAUCUAUCUUCCGUGAGACUGAUUUAUAUGUAACUGUUGAACCAUGCAUUAUGUGCGCCUCGGCUCUACGCCAGUAUCGAAUAAGAAGUGUGUAUUUUGGCUGUGCAAACGAACGUUUUGGAGGUACUGGGGGGGUUCUCACCCUUCAUUCAGAUUCAGCAAUAGACCCUCCGUAUCCAGUUUAUGGAGGAAUAUUUAGAAAGGAAGCUAUCAUGUUAUUACGACAGUUUUAUGUGCAAGAGAAUGAGAAUGCUCCCAACCCAAAAGCCAAAAAGGAUCGCAAACUAAAGGACGAAAUUGAGGAUGCCCCCCAUUUAAAAGGGAUCGAGGGGAUCUUGCCUAUUGAGUAA